CCCAAAUGUUCAGCUCCUGGAAGCUGCGGUGCUUGCUAGUAAGGCCCUUCUCCCAUUCCUUCAAGAUAUGAUAUUGGUUAUCAUAUAUCCAGUUAGUCCCACUUGCCACUCUUUUCAUAUCUUCACGGCUUUGAAAUAUGAAUUGAAACAAAUUAUAACCAAGCUCUUUCACUUCCAUAGAUUGCUGCAGUCUCCAUAUGUUAUUCGUAGUUCUUUUAAUUCCAAUCCAGCUAGCAGCUCGCCAAGCUUUCAGUAUAUAACACUAACAAUAUGCCUUGAACACCCACUAUCAAGAUUCCAUUUCCCUUCAAGUAAGGUUCUAAGAGACAAUACCGAAGCAAAACAACUAAAGGAAUUCUUUGCAACCCACACUUGUCGAAUUUUAGAGAAUUUUUUAGGGGAAUUCACUGCACGAACGUUCACAGGAAUACCGGAGCGACUCCAGUUAACAACUUUACCUGAGCAAAGAUCAUGCUGCAUUUAUAGCAUUGGGUCUGAUGUGACCAGUUAUUCCACA